UCUCAAAGGACCCUAGGUCGUAGUUGUCAAACAGAAUUUAUCGGGAUCAUUGAAUGCAAGUUCGUGAAACACACUGUCAGAUAGGGUUCUUCAAGUUGUUACACGACUAUAAUGAUCUUACAGCAUUUCCCUGAUUCGUGUCAGCCGCGAAUUACAAGAAGCUCUCAAAAAACGGCAAUCGCGGAUAAAUCCCCGAAAUUCAAUCAAGUCGGGCCCCGCGAUCUACUAGUAUAUUAAAUCUACGUGUUAGUGCUAGCGCUCACUAUUCGAGUCGCCAUUCAUUGACCCCACUCUCCUUCAAUAUGACCAUAGUCUCAAAUAGUCCCGACCUCUGGUGGUCUAUCCAAUAUUACCGCGUUGAAAGCUAUUAUACAGUUGCAUCCACUGUUGUGGUUAUAUAUGAUUGGGCACUGACAUUCGAACAAGAGUUUGAACUAGUCUGGAAGCGACGCUGGUCCGUCACGAGCGUCUUAUAUCUUGCUUUGCGCUAUGGUGGAAUAAUAUAUGCUGUCUUCGAUAUACCGGGAAGUAUCACGACACUCUACGUAUCAGAUGAUGGCACUGUUUUGGAUUUCGAACAAUGGUGGAUGUUUACAAUAGCAAACAUCAUCCUGGGCGCUAUUAUGAUCACUCGGUUGCAUGCCAUGUAUCAGCGAUCGAGAAAGAUGCUUAUCUUCCUCGUUGUAUUCUUCCUUACCCUGACGAUUACUAGCGCAGUAAUCACGGUAAUACAAAGCACAUAUAUUACAGGAGAGGAGCUCGUCUUCUCCGGUACUUAUCAGUGCAAUUACGGGGGGGAUAACAUUUAUCUAUCAGCCAUCACUUGGGUACUCGGCACUGUAUGGGAAACACUCGCAUUGUAUCUUUCAGUCCGUAUUGCUAUAAAGCAUUUCCGCGAACGACUAUCGACAGGAUCGAUCAUUGAGGACUGUUUCACAGUGUUAAUAAAAAGUCAUGUAUUUUACUUUGCAAGCUUUGCUGCCGUUGCUUCCUUCCGCAUUAGCUUCUUCUCUCCAAAUUUACCGAGCGGAAAUUCUGCAGGAACUGAGCUUUAUUACGCCAUUUCGCUAGUUUCCGCGGUCUUGCAGAUGUUUUUGCUGGGACCGCGCCUCGUCCUUAGCGUUCGAGAACACGGCACUAGGCUUGUGGAUGACUCCGACGGAGCAACUGCCAUGACUACGGUUGCAUUCCAGGAGUGCACAGUCGCGUCGACUGAUAGCGGUGUGUAGUAUGGGAAAUACUCUAUGACAUUGAUAUCUUGGCAGGAGGUUGAGAAUGCCGUUUGAAUUCUGAGUUUCGCCACUGGUACUGACCGAUAUGUAUUGAAGUAUGAAAUAGACUUGCCAUAUGUCAAUACGUGUAGUAAAUGUGACUGACCAGGCGCUGGCACUCACCCCAAGGCUUAUUUGGUGAAGUAAGCAGCAGUGUCAU